AUGUGCUUCCUGCGCCUGCGCGAUUACAGCACUGCGCACGCGCCUAGCCUCCCGCCUUGUGGGCGGUGUGGCCUCCAGCCUUGGAGUGCGCGAAGCCACGCGAGCAGAACCUUGGGUAUCCGAGAGAUGCUGAGGCAGGAGGCCGCUUCGCUCUCCAGUUCGCCACGCCCGACGCCGUCGCGGAGGGACGCCCCGUGCGGGAGCACCCUGGCCUCCGCGUCCAGGCCGAGCACGGAAGGCGCCGUGGCCGACAAGAGCAGCAGCAGCAGUCCGGCGCCGGUGUCCGCGCCAGAUUCAUCAUUUGGAAACAAGAGAUCUUAUGCUACACACAGAGCUGCAUCCAGUUUUCCUGUUGGUACAAGCUCAUCUUCUGCACGAGAUACCACUUACCCACAUACAUUUAGAACUCCAUUAUCUGCUGGAAAUCCCCAGAGAUCAGGACAUAAAAGUUGGACACCACAAGUAGGAUAUUCAGCCACAUCCUCUGCAGUGUCUGCACAUGCCCCGUCAGUCAUUGUAGCAGUGGUGGAAGGAAGAGGGCUGGCCAGAGGUGAGAUCGGAAUGGCAAGCAUUGAUUUAAAAAGCCCACAAAUUAUGUUGUCACAGUUUGCAGACAAUACAACAUAUGCAAAGGUGAUCACUAAACUCCAAGUUUUAUCACCUUUGGAAAUAAUAAUGUCAAAUACUGCUUGUGUUGUGGGAAAUUCAACCAAGUUAUUUACUCUGAUUACAGAAAAUUUUAAGAACGUUAAUUUCACUACAGUCCAAAGGAAAUACUUCAACGAAACAAAGGGCUUAGAGUACAUUGAACAGUUGUGCAUAGCUGAGUUCAGUUCUGUCCUAAUGGAGGUUCAGUCCAGGUAUUACUGCCUUGCAGCUGCUGCAGCUUUAUUGAAAUAUAUUGAGUUCAUUCAAAAUUCAGUGUAUGCACCCAAAUCGCUAAAGAUUUAUUUCCAAGGCAGUGAGCAGACAGCCAUGAUAGAUUUACCAUCAGCCCAAAACCUGGAGUUGUUAGUUAAUAACCAGGACUACAGGAGUAAUCACACUCUCUUUGGUGUUUUAAAUUACACCAAGACUGCGGGAGGGAGCCGAAGGCUGCGCUCUAACAUCCUGGAGCCGCUGGUUGAUGUGGAGACGAUCAGCAUGCGGCUGGACUGUGUCCAGGAGCUGCUUCAGGACGAGGAGCUCUUCUUUGGACUCCAGUCAGUCAUAUCAAGAUUCCUGGAUACGGAGCAGCUGCUUUCUGUUUUAGUUCAAAUCCCAAAGCAAGACACGGUUAAUGCAGCUGAAUCAAAGAUAACAAAUUUGAUCUAUCUGAAGCAUACAUUGGAACUUGUGGAGCCUUUAAAGGUCACCUUAAAGAACUGCAGCACACCCUUAUUAAGAGCUUACUAUGGUUCCUUGGAAGACCAUAGGUUUGGACUAAUACUUGAUAAGAUUAAAACAGUGAUAAAUGAUGACGCAAGGUACAUGAAGGGCUGCCUGAACAUGCGGACUCAGAAGUGCUAUGCAGUGCGCUCGAACAUCAGUGAGUUCCUGGACAUAGCCAGGAGGACGUACACAGAGAUAGUGGACGACAUAGCAGGAAUGAUAGCACAGCUCGCAGAGAAGUACAGUCUUCCCCUACGGACCAGCUUCAGCUCCACACGGGGGUUCUUCAUCCAGAUGACCACAGACUGCGCUGCACUCUCCAGUGACCAGCUUCCUUCGGAGUUUAUUAAGAUUUCUAAAGUGAAAAACUCAUAUAGCUUUACAUCAGCAGAUUUAAUUAAAAUGAAUGAAAGAUGCCAAGAGUCUUUGCGAGAAAUCUAUCACAUGACCUACAUGAUAGUGUGCAAGCUGCUCAGUGAGAUCUAUGAGCACAUCCACUGCUUGUAUAAGCUCUCUGACACAGUGUCCAUGCUGGAUAUGCUGCUGUCGUUUGCGCAUGCCUGUACUCUUUCUGACUACGUUCGACCAGAGUUUACUGACACUUUAGCAAUCAAACAAGGAUGGCAUCCCAUUCUUGAAAAAAUAUCUGCAGAGAAACCUGUUGCAAACAAUACAUACAUUACAGAAGGGAGUAAUGUUGUAAUCAUUACUGGACCAAAUAUGAGCGGGAAGUCCACGUACUUAAAGCAGAUUGCACUUUGUCAGGUCAUGGCCCAGAUCGGCUCCUAUGUCCCAGCAGAAUAUGCCUCCUUUAGGAUUGCUGCGCAGAUCUUUACGAGAAUCAGUACUGAUGAUGAUAUUGAAACAAACUCAUCAACGUUUAUGAAAGAAAUGAAAGAGGCAUUUACACUCUUCACUACCCAUUUCCUGGAACUAUGUCAUAUAGAUGCCCUGUAUCUUAAUGUAGAAAACAUGCAUUUUGAAGUUCAGCAUGUGAAGAAUACCUCAAGAAAUAAAGAUGCAAUUUUGUAUACUUACAAACUUUCCAGGGGACUCACAGAAGAAAAGAACUAUGGAUUAAAAGCUGCAGAGGCCUCCUCACUUCCACCAUCGAUUGUCUUGGAUGCCAGAGAGAUCACAACACAAAUUACAAGGCAAAUUUUGCAAAAUCAAAGGAGUUCCCCUGAGAUGGAUAGACAGAGAGCUGUGUACCAUCUUGCCACAAGGCUUGUCCAGGCCGCUCGAAACUCUCAGUUGGAGCCAGACAGGUUACGGACAUAUCUGAGUAAUCUCAAGAAGAAGUAUGAAGGGGACUUUCCCAAGGCUGUGGACCUUCCAGAGAAGACUGAGGAGUGA